UUGCCCAUAAAGUAGGUGGGGAGUUUGCUGUUUGGGCGCUCCAGCUCAUACAUUCACAUCAAAUUUUCUUUUUGGCGAUUUCAACUCCGGAUUUUCAAAAUUCUCAAUUAAAAAUUAGAGUAUUUUACAUCCAGUCCAACAUAUAGGCGGUCAUUUGGUCGCGUUUCGGCCCUAAAUUUCUGGUAUAAGUUUUUGAUAAGGGAACGAUGGCCGAAAACAUUAAAGUAUGCAUUAUUGGAGCGGAGGGCUGGGGCUCGGCCAUUGCAGCCGCCGUGAGCAAAAAUGUACGCCAGGGCAUUUUCGACAGCCGUGUUCACAUUUAUGUGUUCGACGAACUCGUUCGCAGCUCUCCCUUGUCCGAGGUCAUAAAUGAUAGUCACGAGAAUGUCAAGUAUCUGCCUGGGAUCAAGCUACCCAAGAACUUGGUUGCGGUGAAUGAUCUUUUGGAGGCUGCCCAGAAUGCAGAUAUCUUGAUAUUUUCCAUGCCGCAGAGCCUCGUUGAUUCCUGCUGUAACAUCCUAGAAGGUAACUUAAAGGAGACGGCCAUCGCCGUCUCCAUGAUCAAGGGUCUAAUGGAACCUUGCGACGACGAUGUGGUUCUCGUGUCUCACGCUAUUAGCGAGCGCCUGGGCAUUCCCUGCUACUCAAUGAUGUCCCCCCAUAACGCAUUGGAUGUGGCCCAGGGUAAGCCAUGCGAGAUCACUUUGGGCUGCAGCAAUCCAGACCACGGGGAGCUACUGAUCGCCGCUCUCGAAACCAAAAACUGCAAGGUGAUUUCCAUUGAUGACGUUGAUGGUGUUGAACUGUGCGGGACCCUAAAGGAUAUCAUUGCCCUGGGAGUGGGCUUUGUUGAUGGCCUUCACCUGGGCGACAGCGCUUGUGUUGCAGCCACCCAUCUGGGUCUCAAUGAGAUGAUGCAUUUUAUGAAAGAUUAUUUUCCAUCCGCAAAGAUGUCGACGGUCUACCAGACAUGUGGAGUGGCCUCUACCUCUGUUGAUCAAAACAUGACCAUUGCCAAAAACCUUAUUUCCUCGGGUCAGACCAUUCAAGAAGUAGAACGCAAUCUUCAUGGAGGUCGAAAGCUACAGGGUCCCUUGGUGGUCAGCGAAGUGAAUGCGAUUCUGGAGACUGAUGGGAACCAACAUAAGUUUCCUCUAAUUACGGCCAUACAUAAGAUAUGUCAGAAUGAGGCCCCACCAGAGCUAAUACUGGAUGUCCUGAGAAAUCAUCCCGAUUUAAGAAACUCAUCCGUUUUGGAUUUGUUGAACGAAGAAACUGACGAAAAGAUGUCCUCCGAAGUUCUGGACGAAGUAGCCGACACUCUGCCAAAACUGAGGACUGCUCUCGACAAAAUCCUGUCCGAGGCAGGCGACAAGAGCUUUAAGCAUCUGAAAGUAGUGGGUAGCUGGUCCCCAAAAAUUCAAAAACUAAAGGAGCCCAUAGAACAUCAGGUCCCAAUCGAGACAGAGGACAUCCCCGACUCGUUGAGUGCAAAAGCGUCACAGAUACAGGAGGAAAUACGCGAUGGAAAUGUGAAGGUUGCCUUUACGAUGGAUGUUGAGGACAAAGGCCGCCAGAUGCGACUCCUAUUGAAGGAGGCACCAAACUCUUCUACAUCUAUGGGGCAGUCAGUGGUCUUACCUGGAGUGGCAUCGGGAAAGGGAAAGGAGAUGACCCGAAUGGGCAAAAGCGUUCAAAUGGACUCAUCAUUGAGGUCCAUGGAUAUGGAUGCCCUGGACUUGAGCACUGAACCCAAAAAACCCACGCCCGACCCCUGGUUACAAGAAAUCAAGCUAAUAGACGAAACUAUUCAAUUAAUGCAAAAUGCAUCGUCUCAUUCCGACCAUUCUGAGCUAUUAGAGUUAAAAAUGCAGAAUACCAACGAGGAAAAUGUGCAGGCUCAAGAUAAUCUUAUAAAGUCGAUCAAAAACUCUCUAGAGGUCAUGGACGACAAAGAGGUGAUAGACAAUCUCAUUGGUGAAACCGAAAUGGUAGAAAGGAAUCUGAUUCAAGAAGAGUCCCAGCUUCACGAUUCAAAUGAAAGCGACUGGAAGAUGUUUAAGGAUGAGGAGCUGCAGGAUCGAAGUCCUACUGCGGAACUUGAUGAGCAGUAUGAGUCGAAAUUCUUCCUAGCGGAUGAGGACUAUCGGGAGAAGCGGCAGACCAGAAUGGAACUCAACGAGGAACAAGAUGCAGAGCUCCGAAUGGAACUUAAUGAGAAUGAUCCGGAGAUGAAUAAGUCCAAACAUUUCACUGAAUCCGAGCCCAUUGGUUAUCUAGCGGAGCGGCAGCCCAGAAUGGAACUUAGCGAUGACCAAGAGGCAGAGAUUCGAAUGGAACUUGAUGAGGAGGAUCAGGAGAUAGAAAAGUCCAAAUACUUCACUGAAUCCGAGCCCAUUGAUGUGAAUUAUCUGGAGGAGUGGCAGGACAGAAAGGAACUGUACGAUGAACAAGAGGCAGAGCUCCGAUUAGAAUAUAAUGAGGAGGACCAGGAGAUGAAAGAGUCCAAAUACUUCACUGAAUCCGAGCCCAUUGAUGUGAAUUAUCCAGCCAAUGCGGAUUUGGAGGGGCAAGAAAGGGCCCAAUUCGGCGACGAAGACGAUCUUGAGCAGCUGGAGAAGAAGUUCCAGCACACGUACACGGUUUCAGAACUGCAAGAUUCUGGUUGGGAAACCCUACACGACACGGAGCCCUUCCAAAUAUCAGAGGUGCGCCAGGAGGGUAAGCCAAACCUCCAGGAUAACCUAAGCUCAGACCUUCAGCUGCAAGGCGAAAGAAAGACUCCAUCAAAGAAGCUUAUGGAGGACUGGCAGGAUGUGGAGCAAUCGGACUGUUUAAGAGUUCGGGCUAAAAGUAUGGAUUCCUCCCCCUGGUCAGUCGAUAGUUAUUUAAAGGGAUUUGACGAAGAGUCCUCUGUAGAUAAAAGUCGCUACUCAGACCAUCUCGUGCGUUCAGAUUCCCACAAACCAUUCAAGUCCAAAAUAACAGAAAUACUGGAAGAAACGGCUGAGGACUUUCAGGAUUCUGAUGCUAUUAGAGCUCGGGACGAUCUCCAAGAAAGAAGUUCCGAAGACUUGGAACUGAAAGCCCGGAAUACAAAAUUGGAUUUGAUGGACCAACAUGAAGAUGUGUUUGACAGAACUGAUGACGAGGAUAUGAAGACUUUAAAAAACUCAGAUAAAUUGGAGGAUCGGCAUGUGGCGCGGUAUCAUUUUGAAAAGGAUUUAGAUAAUUCUAUGGAGGAUGAACAAAAAAUGGAGCAUCUCUACGAGGCAAAAAUGGCUGAGGAUCUGCCGGAGGCGGACGAGCACAGACAUUGGAAAAUGGUCGAGGAUAAAGACACCAUUAAAAUGCAGGAGGAAUCCGAGCUAGUGGAGGAAAAGGAUGUCAUCAAAAUGAAUGAGGAUAAUGAUAUCAAAAUGCAAGACGAAGCCGAGCUAGAAAACUGGAAAACCGAUGAUAGAAAUGUCACCAAAAUGCAGUCUAACAGCUCCGAUGAUCACUUCGACGAGGACAACUACUGGAAAUUGAAAGAGUUUGGGAAUUUGAGGGAUAUGGGGUACUUUGAGGAGGGUUUGGAUGAAAGACUCGUCGAAUCAGCGGAAGAAAAGCGAUCGACCAAAAUGGGCGAAAGACGACCGCUCGUCAGCUUGGAGGAGGUUAAUAUGCGCUAUUAUAGCGACCAGAAGGACGGCGAGGGCAGCCAUGAGUGGGAUUGGCUGUUGAACAACGAAAAGAUUGGGAAGGAUGAGUCUGAGCCCCGGAAGUAUGAAGAAACACUUAGCCGAGCAGAUGAGGAGAACUUGGAAAAAUUGAAUGAUAAGCUUACCCAGGCCCUAAAGCAACAAAAGGCCAAAGCAGGCGACGACUCCUUGCAGGGCAACUAUUCGAAGAUCUUCAAAGAUGCUGGUUCCGAGUCCAAGUCCUUGGAAGAUCUCGCCGAAGUUUCGGCCUAUGACAGCAAAAACACCCUCGGGGACGAACAGGACACUGAGGCUACCAAGAAGCGCAUACCACGUGAGUUUGCAGUUCCCGCUCCGGGUGCUACUCCUGCCUUCAUUCCUAGAGAAACCCGAAAGCCGCAGCGAAAGCCUAAAAUCCAGGAAGGCACCCCUCACGUUCAGAUCGAGCCACGAACAGCUCCCAGCCAACAGCCCCACAUCCGGCCCCACGAAGUCGAAUUCGGACAGGAGCAGCGAGAGGUCAAGAAAGAGGAGGCGGCGGCCAAGCCACCGAAACCGCCGGCGAAGGAGCAGGCUCCUGCGCGCAGGCCCCCCGGCGAAAGGGUACACAAAAGGGAACAAAUCCCGCAACCUGACAAGCGUAGUCCUGAGCGAAAGCGUCCUCAGGCCGAUCAAUUGGCAUUCAAGAAACGAAGAGCCCCUGAAUCAGGACUGGACCGAGCGGAGCGGAAAAUGAACAGCAUCAUGCGCCAGGGCAAGGAUCGCCAGGUCAACUACAGCGGCAAGAAUCCCUUUAACAAAACGACAGACAAACCGGUAGACACCGACCCUAAGCAGAAGCAAGGUAGGGAUGAUGGACGUCGCCGUGUGGUGAUAUCACCACCUUUCAACCCGCCCAUCAAUCCCCGAGUGCGUGUGCCGCGUCCGCCCUUCGACGGACGAGAUAAAGAGUAUCACACGCUGACCUCCACCCUGACCACCAGUUCCCUGGUGCCGAUUAUGCGCAGGCGUCCGAUGCUCAAAAAGAACGCCCUUCGAGGUCCCAUUGUAUCCAGUGCCCAGCUGAAGCAACUUUCCGUAAUACCUCGACCGGUUCAGGCCAUUCGGCGUCCGUCUCUGCAGAUGCCGCCUGGGAUGCCGCGUUCUCCGGCAUUCACCAAGAUCCUUUGCGCCUUGCAGAUUGGAUUCCUUGCCUCAUACCUGGCGCGCUUCCGGAAGCAGAGAUAAGAUGUUGCCAACUAGCCCCACCCAAGCUCGGGCCCAUCGAUUCCCUUUGAGUGUAACCACAGUAGAACUAGCCCCACAACUAUAUGCACUUAGUAUUUAUAUAAAUAAAGCCGUUAAGUUUUA